AAAAAAAAAUUCCUUGCAAAAUUUAGGGUUUCUGAGCCCACGACACUUUGGGAAAGUUGCCAAAGAGAGUGUUUCCUUUAUUUCUUUCCUUCUUUCUGUGUUGGAAAGCAUGAGAGAGGCUCAGCUUGUUGUUCUUCACACGGUGAGGUCUCAUGGCGCGAAAUUGGCGAGGACGCAUGUGCACGACUGGGUUAUUAUCGCUUUCCUUGCGGGCGUCGUGAUCGGUUUGAAUGUCACCCAUCCGUUCUAUCGUUUUGUCGGAAAGGAUAUGAUGGCCGAUUUCAAGUACCCGCAUAAAAGUAACACUAUACCAUUUUGGGCUGUUCUUAUAGUUGCAUACUUGGUACCGUUGGCGAUAUUUGUCGCAUUCUAUUCAUACAGGAAAGAUGUUUAUGACCUUCAUCAUGCCACACUAGGCAUUUUAUUCUCUGGGCUGAUAACUGGCGUUACAACCAACGCGAUCAAGAUUGCAGUCGGCCGUCCUAGGCCCGAUUUCUUCUGGCGAUGUUUCCCCGACGGAAAAGAGUUGUAUGAUCAAGUCACAGGAAGAGUUAUCUGCCACGGCGAUAAGUUGCUCAUGAAGGACGGUCACAAGAGCUUUCCAAGUGGCCAUACUUCAUGGGCCUUUGCUGGUCUUUGCUUUUUAGCAUUAUACUUAUCAGGAAAAAUCAAAGUGUUUGAUCGGAGGGGCCAUGUCGCGAAACUCUGUAUUUCGUUUCUUCCUUUACUCGUCGCGUCACUUGUUGCGGUAUCACGGGUGGACGAUUACCGCCAUCACUGGGAAGACGUCUUUGCUGGCGGUCUUAUAGGAAUGGUAGUGGCUACGCUUUGUUACCUGCAAUUUUUCCCUGCUCCCUCUGAUCCUAAUGGGUGGGGUCCUUAUGCAUAUUUCCAAAUGUUGGCCGAGGCGCAGAGCGGCGACGGAUCGGCUACUAACACGAACCAGCGAGAGGAAGCAGGCGACGUCAGUGAAUCAUCGUCUCGAGCACUCCGUACCAGCGAAUGCGAUCUCGAAACAGGAAUCAAAGAGGAGGAGGAGCCGUUGAUUUUGCUAAGGCAUCGGAUUUCAGAUACAAUGCCGGAUAUUCAGUUAGGAGCUCACACUGUAAGAUCGCAUGGCUCUAUAGUGGCAAGAUUCCACAUGUAUGACUGGAUCAUACUUAUAUGUCUUGCGGUACUUGAUGGAGUAUUAAAUAUAAUAGAACCUUUUCAUCGUUUUGUCGGGCAAGACAUGAUGACUGAUCUGAGGUAUCCAUUGAAAGGCAACACAGUGCCUUUUUGGGCUGUUCCGGUCAUUGCGAUUGUACUACCCUUCGUCAUCAUCAUUGGAAUUUACUUCGUGAAGAAAAAUGUAUAUGAUUUGCAUAAUGCCAUCCUAGGACUUCUGUUUUCCGUGCUUAUAACUGCAGUGAUAACGGAUGCAAUUAAGGAUGGUGUUGGUCGACCUCGACCAGAUUUCUUUUGGCGCUGUUUCCCUGAUGGAAAAGCUGCUUAUGAUAAUGUGACCACUAGUGUCAUAUGUCAUGGAGAAAAGAGUGUCAUCAGGGAAGGUCACAAGAGCUUUCCGAGCGGGCAUACAUCUUGGUCCUUUGCUGGUCUAGGGUUUCUUGCAUGGUAUUUAGCUGGGAAAAUCGCAGUCUUUGAUCGUAGAGGCCAUGUUGCAAAGCUUUGCAUUGUUUUUCUGCCUCUACUAGUUGCAUCUCUUGUGGCGGUUUCUCGAGUUGAUGACUAUUGGCAUCAUUGGCAAGAUGUUUUUGCUGGAGGUCUUCUAGGAUUGGUGGUUGCUUCAUUUUGUUAUCUCCAAUUCUUCCCACCCCCUUAUGAUAUUGAUGCAUUUUGGCCUCAUGCGUAUUUUCGGGAGCUAGCGGAGACAGGUAACAAUGGCCCGGUGUCCUCCACCACAAAUCCUUUUAACUUGAGGCCACCUGAGAUCGAAACCACUUACGUUUCGUCGGACAGUCAUCUUGGGAUGAACCUACGAGACACUAGUCCAAUUCUAGACUCGAUGGAAUCUGGGAGAAGGCAAUGAUUUCAAUCUGCAGCUGUACCAUACAGACAUCAUGACAAUCUUAGAGAACUGCGGUUAUGAUAAUCCCCUAUCUUUGAAACUUUGGGUUACAAUGUAGUUAAUAUAGUUUCCGCCUUUUGUUUUGGUUUUGCCUUUUCUUUUCUGUAUUCUAGUCAAUGUAGUGUAUGGUUUUCUACCCAAUUUUUUGUAAUCUCGACUACGAUUAACUCAUUCGAGAUACACUGAUCAUAAUGUACUGCUUCAUGCUAGUCGGUUGAUAUCGAAGCCUCCGGAGACUUUUCGCUGUCGUUGUAUUUACAACAGUUUAUUAUUUC